CGUGAAUCCGCAUCAUUUCCUUGCGCUGCUUUUUGUUCAUAAAAAAUAAUAAAAUUCGUUCAAAAUAUAAAGUACCUUUGGUCCCAGCCUUUUGUCAAUAACAUGAGCUUUACGUUCGGCGCUCCACCUACCAGCACGGCCCCGUCAUUGGGCGCUGCACCGGCACCGUCAACGGCUAGCACGGGUUUCAGUUUCGGUGCAACUACUUUCGCAGCCACUCCAGCGGCAGCGGCAGCAACGACCACCGUAUCUUCCGCCGCUGCCUCCGCUGCCCCAACGCCAUCGUUCGGUAUCAAUCUUACUACAGCAGUAGCAGCACCAGCACCGGCAGCGGCCACCACCACCAGUCAGCUAACGAUGGGAAGUUUUACGGCUUCUAAGCCAGCUGAGCAGACCCAACCGGCGGUGAACCUAACGACGACCACGCAAACAACACAAUCGUCGUCCGUGUCCGGUGCACAGCAGCUGAACUUUUGUCAACUAGAAGAAUUCAUCAAUAAGUGGACUCUGGAGCUGGAGGAGCAGGAAAAACUAUUCACGAAUCAAGCCACACAGGUCAAUGCGUGGGACAAUCUUCUUCUGGGUAAUGGUGAGAAGAUUGUUGCCCUGAACGAAGCCGUUGAGAAGGUCAAGGCAGAACAGGAUUCGAUGGAGCAGGAGCUUGAAUUUAUUACCGCUCAGCACACCGAGCUGGAGGAAUGCAUCAUCCCACUGGAGGAGGAACUGUCGAAAAUAGUGCAGGUCGACAUCGAGCGUGGCCAAACGUACUCAAUGGCCGAAACAUUGGAUUCCCAGCUGAAGCAGAUGUCCGAAGAUCUCAAGGAAGUGAUCGAACAUUUGAAUGAAUCGAACAAGUACACGGAUCCCAGCGAUCCGCUGGUACAGAUUGGAAAGAUCCUGAAUGCCCACAUGAACUCACUGCAGUGGAUUGAGUCUUCGACGUCGGGGAUCACGAAUCGGUUGGAGGAAAUUGGCAAAAUGCACGAUGCAUUAAGGAAGGAUAACGAGCGGUCAUUCCGGUUGACUUACUACGACAAUUGAA